ACAGCCAAUCGGAAGAGUUUUCGGGAAUAUCGCUUAAAUUGGAAGUUCACCCAAACUUUGUUGCACAUCGGACGAAAGGGUACGAAAGAGUAGUAUGGAGCGGAUGUGACAAAAACAAGAGAGUAUUGUAAAGAUGUGUAGAGAUGCGUUUGUUGCAUUUGCGUUAUUUCUAAUAUUAUUUUGCGACGCAACGUCAUCGGAAUGCACGCAACAGGGUCCUUGUAUUUGUACGCUAUCGGACGGCUAUUACAAUCUGUCCGCCCUCGCUGAUCAAUUACCACUUGAAGAUACUCUAGGGGAUUAUACGAUAUAUUUUCAUCCGUGCACAAAUGUUAAAAUAAAGACACAGAGCAAUAUUAUGUGUGCCAAUGAAAGUAAAUUAUCGGUAUGCAUAUUUGAUAAGCAGAAAAACUUAACGCAAAGUUUUGGGACAAUAGAGGAAACGACAAUGAAACUGCCGAAAGGAAAUAAAUAUCCGAUUUUUGAAUUACAUCAUAAUAACAUUACAUUACAGAUAGAUAUUAUAUGCCUUCCUAAUAGCAACGGAACAAAUUUCAAAAUAGAUAAAGGGAAUAAAUUUCCUCCCUCUAGCUCUAAUCAAUACCGUUUUUUCUUGAUAUCACCAUAUGGAUGUAAAGAAUCGUACAAAGGAUUAUCCACUGGUUCCGUAUUACUUAUCCUCUUCUUUACUGUCACUGGAAUAUACUUUAUUGGUGGAAUCGUAACAUUAAGAAUAUUGAGGGGAGCAACAGGCUGGGAAAUGUUGCCAAAUCAUGACUUUUGGUCUAACCUUCCUCUACUAGUCAGAAUCCUUCUAGUGUUGUAAUAAUACACAAAACGGGAGUGGUGAUUUGAUAUAAAGUGAUGUUUUAUUAAUAAACAUUCCCUAUUAAAAAAAAUAUAAAUAUUUAUACAAACACUUGUUUUAUACUUCUUUUUUUACAUUUCUACGUACAUGUGUAUAAAAAUGUAACUUAUUUAAUACAUGGU